UGCCUUGUCUUCAAUGGAUCUCAAAUCAAUGGACACCGUGGACAUGCCCAUCUUUGGCAGCACCUUGAAGCUAAUGAAGUUCUGGUCGUAUCUUUUUGUGCAUAAUUGGCGACGCUAUGUGGCCAUGACGCCCUACAUUGUGAUCAACUGUACGCAGUAUGUGGAUAUAUAUUUGAGCACGGAAUCAUUGGAUUUCAUCAUCAGGAAUGUAUACUUGGCGGUGCUCUUUACGAACACUGUGGUGCGCGGUGUGCUGCUGUGCGUGCAACGUGGAAGCUACGAGAGAUUCAUAGAAAUGGUCAAAAUCUACUACAUACAGUUGUUAGAAUCGAGGGAUGCUCACAUCCUACGUUUGGUGGAUGAAACUACACGUCUGUCGAUCACCAUUGGCAGAAUUAAUCUGCUCAUGGGCACCUGUACAUGCAUUGGUUUUGUCACCUAUCCCAUUUUUGGUUCAGAAAGGGUGCUACCGUAUGGCAUGUAUCUACCGUCCAUCGAUGAGUACAAGUACGCUACGCCCUACUAUGAAAUGUUCUUUGUGAUUCAGGCCAUCAUGGCGCCCAUGGGCUGUUGCAUGUAUAUUCCCUACACAAAUCUGGUGGUGACAUUUACGCUUUUUGGCAUCCUCAUGUGUAGGGUGUUGCAGCACAAGCUGCGGAGCCUGGAAAAGCUGGAAAAGCGACUUGUACGAAGAGAGAUUAUCUGGUGCAUAAAAUAUCAUCUAAAACUGGCAGGCCUAGUGGAUGCCAUGAAUGCCUUGAAUACACAUCUGCAUCUUGUGGAAUUUCUGUGCUUUGGUGCCAUGUCCUGUGUGCUUUUGUUCUCUUUAAUUAUUGCACAAACCAUUGCCCAAUCUGUGAUUGUCAUUGCCUAUAUGGUAAUGAUAUUUGCAAAUAGUUUUGUACUCUAUUCCGUGGCCAAUGAACUUUAUUUUCAAAGCUUUGACAUUGCCAUUGCCGCUUAUGAAAGCAAUUGGAUGGACUUUGAUAUUGAUACACAAAAAACGUUGAAGUUUUUGAUAAUGCGCUCCCAAAAACCUCUAGCUAUACUUGUGGGCGGCACUUAUCCAAUGAAUUUGAAACUUUUGCAGUCGCUGCUGAAUGCCAUUUACUCAUUUUUUACGCUACUGAGACGCGUCUAUGGCUAAG